CCACUCGCGUCCAUGUCGGCACCCUUGUUCCAGUUCCAGGCAGGCAGGGCAGAGCGCCAGGGCGACUCCAACACGGUCGUCCCCCAGCCAGGUCGCGGCCUCGUCUACCUCCAGGAGGAAGACGGCCUCCUCCACUUCUACUACAAGGACCUCGAAUCCGAGUGCGCACCCCUCUCCCCUCUCCUCCCCUGCGCACCCCUCGCUCACCUUCAGCCCCCCGCGUUCAACAGCUCCAUCGUCGACGACCUCAUCAUCUUCCCCGGCGACGCCACCUUUGACCAGGCGACCCCCGACCGCGUCCACGUCCUCAAGUUCCUCUCGUCCUCGGCCCGCCACUUCUACUGGGCCCAGAAGCGCGACCUCUCGCACGACGAGUUUACGUCCCAGCGUCGCCGCGUCAACGAGCUCAUUGGCGCAGAGCCGGCCGGCGACGGCGACGAGCACGGCGCCAUGGACGUCGAGGCCUCUGCCUCGACCGACGACGUGUUCAUGUCCUCGGCCGCACCCUCCUCGUCGUCGGCCGCACCCGCACCCGCACGCGCACCCGCGACGACCUCGACCUCGACCGCGACCGCGACCUCGGGCGACGCGGCGCUCGGCAACUCGGCCCAGCUCGCGCAGCUGCAGAGCAUCCUCGCCAACCUCGGCGGGGGCGGCGGUGGUGGUGUCGGUGGCGCGUCGGUCGGCGGCGUCCCUGCCUUCACCCUCCCCGACCGCGCGAGCCUCGCCCGCGCACUCCGCAGCCCAGAGUACCGCCGCGCGCUCGCGUCGCUCGACCGCGCGCUCCGGACCGGCGCGACCGGCCCGCUCGUCGUCGGCGCGCUCGGGCUCGGUGAGAGGGCCGCGAGGGGGACAGAGGAGUUUUUGGACGAGGUGAGGCGCGUGGCCGAGGAGGAGAGGGAGAGGGAGAGGGAGGGCGCGGCGGGAGGGGGAGCGGGGCAGGGCGAGGGCGAGGGCGAGGACAAGGGGCCGGCGGCGUAGCUCUUCUCGCUCUCGGUGAGCUGAACGCGCAAGGAAAAGACCUCGUUGCAGUC